CGAUAAAAGUCAUCGCUCAUAUUCAUAUGUUUGAUUCAUACAAAUAACCCUUGUGAUUCAGCUUAACCAUCAUUUUGAUUCAACAAAGGGCUGAUAUACAUUCUAGGCUUUGCACUCCAGUGCGUGUACACACACACACAGACACACACACACAGACGCACACCGCCCCCCUCGUCAAACUGCACUCCGCUCCAGUGAGUUUUCCCUCCCAGUCGUACACCUGAGGAGAGCCCUCUCUGGACUGCAGGUCCGUGGUGUGUUCACCUGACAUCCGGAGUUUGUCCACAGAGCUCUAAUAAUGGUAAUGGAGAGCAUUCCCGUUCUGAAGUAAGACACAAUUCUUUACAUCCGAUCUUCCUGGGCAUCCUGGGCUUCGGCCUCUCCAUCAUGUUCUGCACAACCUUCUGCAGGGUGUGCAGUCGCUUCCGAGAGGAGCAGAUGAACCGGGAGGCGUUGAGACGCAGUGAGCAGGACACUCGCCCUCCCCCCAUCUUUUUCAUCCCCUUCCACGGAGGGAUGUCACAGCAGGACAGCGAAGACCAACCCGGGGGGGGCGGGCCCCGCAUCAGCCUGGAGCUCCACUCGCCGCCCCGAUACAGCAACGUGGUCUUCUGCGGGCCCCCGCCUUCCUACAACGAGCUGGGGUUGAAGCCCGACGACCUGCCCCCGGCUUACACCGAGUACAGCGUCCCCGUGUAUCAAAUCGCUCCCCCGCCCCCCAGGGACAGGAGCCAGCCUCAAGCGCAGCCGCAGCAAUGAUGGGCCCUGCCCUCGGCCCGGGUUGGACCGCCUCGUGGACUCGAGUGAGCGGCCGCUGGAGUCGGCAAUGUCUUAAAGAUUGUUUUGUUGUGCUUGUAUUUUUAUUUUUUGGGGGGGUUAUGAAGGUGAGGAUGCCACAGAGGGGGACGAGCGCUGCAGGGACGGUGAUGAACGUGAGAAAGCAUUAUUUCCUCCAACGAGGAGUUUUCUGCUUUUGGUUUGUUUGUGUGUUUCGAUUUUUCAUUUCCAGGAUCCCUAAAUCACUUUGGAAGUUUUAAUGAAAUAAGAGUAAAUUCAAGUGUCAAUGUGGAUUCAAUGGGGGCCACUAUGUGGCCAUUUAUAAUGCACUUUGUUGUGUCUCAUGUCUCCUGAAUGAUGAGGUGUGUCCUCCGUAUUAGCGACUGCACAGAACCUAAAUUAAAAUGAUUUUCCACUACUUACUUACUAUUUCUUUUAAUGCAUUAGAAUGUAUUUUGUUGUUUUUUGUUGUUAAACUCAAAUUUUAAUAGACAAAUUCAUACCUCAUGAUUACAUCACUCAGCAUAUUUCCAUGUGUAUUUAUUGUAGAUAUGAUUCAAAACAUCUAAAUGUACAACAAGUGGAGAAGAUUGUUUAGUCUUAGUCUUAUUAUGUGAUAAAUGUAAACUUUAAUAUGCAACAGUGAACAGAGUAGCAACCAGAGACACUUUGUGAAUGAAGUCAUUGUUUUUACUUGCGCUAAUUGUUUUUUGUAACUGAAUGAUGCUUUUAAAUAUAGGAACCCAUCUCCAAAGGACUUGAUGGACCAAAGCAACAGCUGGAUAUAACGUCACUUGACGUUGGCUGUAGUUUGACUUGAUAUAAUAUUGUUCUCAUUGCAUGUUAAAUGUUAAGGGUAUUUACCUGAUAUCUUAAAGCAGUUUCUUUGGGAGUUUUCUUGAGAAAAAUGACCUUUCUGUACCUUUAUUAAAUGAGGACAACAUGUGAAUUAUAUAUUUAUAAAUCAGGAAAGAUUAGAAGAAUAUUAUAAAUUUUGGCUGAUUAUAUCUACCAUACUUUUAUGGACACAUUAGAUGUUCAUAAUGAUAUUUCUGUUAAUAAAUAAAUACAGCCUGUAACUGAGCUUUCCGUUGUAUAUUAACAUUUAAGUGCCGCCAGCUGACUUUGAGGUGAAGUGGGAAGGUCGUUACGUGCCAUUCACUCUGACUUUUUUAACCUUCCUCACUUUUCAACACUCCAGCAGGAUCCACUUUUACAGCAAAGGUAUAACCUACGUAUAUAAAUAUAUUAAAUUGUUCAACAACAACCUUAACUCUCCAGGUAGAUAAUUUAAAUGUGUCACUUUUGUUACUUUUACAGCAACUGGAUGUGGUGUUGCAUUUCAUGCAUGUGUGUGUGUGUGUGUGUGUGUAUGUGUGCAUUAGCUUGAAUCUUUCUUCCUGUUGUCAUUAUUGUGUCAGAGUGUAAUCGUAUAACUAAAGCAUUGCCAUAACCCUGCU